GGUGUGAUUUAGCAGUGAAAAAAAUUUUCAAGACAACUUUUGGCGAAAAACAAAUUUCAUAGAUUUCACGAAAUCGAGCCUUAAAAAUGUUUCGAUCGUUUUCCUCAUUUCCCAGGAGUGUUGUUUUAAGAAUAAGCAGUAGGAAUCAUCAGAUUCAACAAGGUUUACGAAAGAACCUUCACAGUCGUGCUGUUAAGAAACUUGUUACUGCUAGCAAUCCAGUGACUUCAAAUGGUGUUAAAAACUUAACAUUUAAAAAUAGAUUUGUGGUACAACAACAUGUUAGAUCCAUUCAAACAACCUCACAAUUACUUGAAGUUGUGAAGGUUCCUCCCUUCGCUGAUUCCGUAUCUGAGGGAGAUGUGAGAUUCGAGAAAAAAGUUGGCGACGCUGUAGCCAUUGACGAAGUCGUUAUGGAGAUCGAAACUGAUAAGACAACGGUUGGUGUUCCAUCACCAUCUCACGGUAUCAUCGAAGAAAUUUAUGUAUCGGACGGAGACACAGUGAAAGCCGGACAAGAUUUGUUUAAAUUGAAGGUGACUGGUGAGGCUCCCAAAGCUGCUGCUCCUCAAGCUGAAGCUCCUAAACCAGCUGCCGCUGCACCACCUCCGCCACCACCACAAGCAGAGGCACCAAAACCUGCAGCUCAAGCUCCACCGCCACCACCACCGCCAUCUGCAUCUAGUCCUCCACCACCUCCGCCGAAGCCAAAAGCACCAACUGCAACAGUUCCCAUUGCAGCCAUUCGACAUGCACAAUCAAUUGAAGCUGCAACUGUUAAACUGCCACCAGCUGAUUACACAAAAGAAAUCACUGGCACACGUACAGAACAGCGUGUGAAAAUGAAUCGAAUGCGAUUGAAGAUUGCAUCACGAUUGAAGGAAGCACAAAAUACCAACGCAAUGUUGACAACUUUCAAUGAGAUUGAUAUGAGUUAUAUCAUGGAAUUCCGUAAAUCAAACCAAGACGCCUUUCUUAAGAAAUAUGGAAUCAAAUUGGGAUUCAUGUCUGCUUUCUGCAAAGCUACUGCUUAUGCACUUCAAGAUCAACCAACAGUUAAUGCUGUUAUUGAAGAAAAUGAAAUCGUUUAUCGUGACUUCAUUGACAUUUCUGUUGCGGUUGCAUCACCAAAAGGUCUCGUUGUUCCUGUUUUACGUAAUGUUGAAGGCAUGAAUUAUGCUGAAAUUGAAUUGGGAAUCAAUGCUCUUGGCGAUAAAGCAAAGAAAGGAACGUUAGCUGUUGAAGACAUGGAUGGGGGCACCUUCACUAUCAGCAAUGGUGGAGUUUUCGGUUCACUGUUAGGAACACCAAUUAUCAAUCCGCCUCAAAGCGCUAUCCUUGGUAUGCAUGGAACAUUCGAACGACCAGUUGCGGUUAAAGGACAGGUUGUUAUUCGUCCAAUGAUGUACAUCGCAUUGACCUACGAUCAUCGUUUGAUCGAUGGACGUGAGGCUGUGACAUUCUUGCGUAAGAUUAAGGCUGGAGUUGAAGAUCCACGAGUUAUGUUAGCUGGAAUCUAAGCGAUAAAGAAGCGUAAUCUCUUAAUCACCACUGUGGACCUCCAAUAAACAAACUUUAAUCUUCAACAGUUCAUUCUCUACUAUUCACUGAGAGCGAAAACAAAAAAAAAUCCUAAAAACUUCAAGAAAAAAAUAAGAAACAUGAAAGGAAAAAAGUUUAAUCAAAAGUAUGAUUGCGAAAAAAAUAUUAAAUAGAGUAUUAAGAUGAAUAGCAUAAAAAUUUUGAGUUGAUAGUGAAAAUUUGUUAGAAUUCAGUGACCACACGCAUCUUUGACAUGAACAAUUGAGUUAAAGAUUUUUAAAAUUUCCUGAAAUAAUUUUUUGUGGUUUUUUUUUCAGUUGAAAUUUAUUUUCGACUUUCAUACAUGCAUACAGGUCAGGACAAGAAAACGAUAAGAAGAAAACAUAAUAAAUUAUAAUUUAUUAAAUAUUGAAGGAAGUGUCAAUAAAUAAAAGAAAGAAACCUUUAAGAGAAAUAAUUUCCAUCAGUUGCUUAUUCAAUGAAAGAAAAAAAGUUGUGAAGAAAAAUUGUAGAUGAACAAAUGUCGAAAUAUUUUCUUUUAUGCUGUUAAUCGAUGUACUUAUGUAUUUGAUUUUCAUGUUAUCACAAUGAGUGUUAACUCUGAUGAUAUCAUAAUUAAUCACACAAUUGUACACUUGAAUUGUUUAGUUCAAUAUCAAAAUUAAUCUUUUACACAAAUAUUUACUUUAAUCUUCUUUUUCAACAUUCUUCACAUGUUUGUCGAUGUCAGAUGUCUUAUCACGCGACUUUUUUUAUUAAAUCAAACAGAACAUUAUAAAUAACACUAAAAAAAUCAUUUUCAUGUUAAACAGAAAAGAUGAUGCGACAGAGGAAAAACAAAUUGUUGAAUUAUUAGGAGAUGUGUGAAAAUCUCUUCCCCAAGAAGUUAUUUAUAGUGAAAAGCAAAGCGAAAAAAUUUCGUACUUUGAAAACGAGAUCAGACAUGAAAAGGGUUCAUAGUUGGCGAAAUUUCAUAACUGAUUUCUCAGAUCUUCUCCAAAAAUUAUUCUACAUACUUUAUAGAAUCUGUUAGUUAGAUAAGACGAGCUAUUGCACGAUGAAUCAAAAAAUAUUUUAAUUGUCGAUGGAAAAAUAUACAAAUAUCAAUGAAAUUCGGUGCUCGAUACGUUGAUAUCUUUUGAGAAAUAUUUUAUUUCCAAUGUCAUAAAAUAAUGACGAUUUUUAACAAGGAAAAUAAAAGCCAUUCGCAAUACUU